AUGAUCAACUCGUUGGUGCGCGCACCAUGCGAUCUCAGCUUGCACUUGGUCAGCGAAGACAUCUUUAUCCACCCACCACCGCCUUCAGCAGGCGACAUACCGGGAGAUGACAAGACUCUGAAUGGCGUGGUGGAGCUCAGAUGCCCAGUGAGUGGCAGCUUGCGCGCCAAGCAAAUGUGCAGAGCGCGUUCGGCCGCAUAGCUGACUUGACCACACCACAUCACGCCCGCGCUCGCUGCUGCUGCGCGGCCAGUCGGAACGGACGAUUGACAAGCUCAAAGUGACGCUGCAAUCUCAGCAGACUUUGGCCAUUCCCGAAACGUUGACCACUUCUUUGGGCACUACCAUCAACACAACGAGGUACGAGGAAAAGACGUUGAUGGAAAAGGUUGUGGAGAUCACCUCGGAUGGUAGCGGUGGCUUGCAGCAUCACCACCAUCGAAAGAGAGCGCACAAGUUGAGCUUUGGCGCGGGUCAUGCCGCUGCCUCUGGAACGGGCUCGGGCUCGGGCGCUUCUAGUCCGAGCGUGGAACAUAGCGAGAGCGCCGCGAUGCAGUACCAGCAGGGUGGAGCAGCUGGGCCUACGUCCACGGAAGCUGCCGCCGCUGAGGAUGGCAUACAUCUAGAUAAGGGAGUGCACGGGUGAGUGAUCGAGCCGAGCGAGACAUCUCAAGGCGGUCACGAGCCGUCGCUAAGCGCUGACCACGUUUCGAGAAUUGCUACCUGUGCCUGGCCCCCAGCUUUGAGUUCUCUUUCAUCAUCCCUUCCACUUCUCCUCCAUUCGAGAGGCAUCGCAACGGCAGAGUGAGGUACAUGAUCACCGCGACCGCCUUUGGUGCAGGUCGUGGAAGAAGCGCGAUCAUCGCCUCUCGCGAAGUGUUUGUUAUGCUCCACGUCUCUACGGAUGGUGGACCCACUGCGCUGGAUGUGCAAUACCAUGAUGUGCACGAAGCGCUGGGUGCCAUGAGCAUCUCGCUAACGUCUGCAAGUCUCACAGUCGGAGGCACGGCGAAUCUCAGCGUCUACCAUCCCGACCCUCCGCCGGGUCUCAGCGUGCACGUCAUUCGGGUCUUUUUGGAACAGAAUGUGGAGGUAUUUUCAGAGGUCAGAAAGGGAUGGGUCAAGAUACCUACGGAAAAGUUUAGAUUGUGGGAGCGCGGGUACAUGCCGUACAAGGCGAAACAGAUCGACGCUUCCGUCACGCCGGAAGAUGCAUUUUGGAUCUCGGACUCGGAAGGUGGGCCUGGACAUAUUGGCAAAUCGGGGUCUCCAACCGUACCUGCCAACCAGGCAUCCUUCCUCCAGGAUCACGCGGGCAGCGGGUAUCGCGUCAAGUCGGUGAUUCGCCUGCCCGAUGACAACACGAUUCGCCCAUCCACUGUCAAGGGCUCCCGAGCUGAAAUUCGCGUGUCCCACGAUCUGGGUUGCGAAGUCUACUUCUCGCGGCUCAGCGUCAUCGACGAUCGCGAAAAUAGCGAAUCUUUGGGCAAACCCAAAGUGCAGGUGUUUAGCAUGCGUAGAGCGACCAUUGUGCCCAGCUGUUGCUGCACUUUCGACACGAUCCACUUGCCGCCUUACUCGCUAGAGAGCCCAGUCGGGAGCAGACCCGUUAGCCCUACGCUGAGUUUUGCUGCUGGGUCACCGGUCAACGGGCACUUGCCUCCUCCGCGGGCCAGUGCAAACUCCAAUUCGGCAGCCGCAUCGCAGCAUGGAGAACAUCAUACAGACCACGAACAUCGAAGACUUGCUCAGACUCUCCGAGCAGCUCUGCCAAACGCCAUGGGCCCUCAUCACGGCUCAUCUUUGGGCUCGUACCGCUCAGCGCCCUCUUCGAGACCCUCGUCGCGAGACGCCUCACCCACACGUCCGGUCUACUCGCGGCAGAGCAGUUUCAGCAACUUCUUGCACGGUCAUGGACGCAGGUCGCGCAACAGCAGUCCUGAGAGACGAUCUUCGGGCGAUGUAAAUGCCAGUGGCUUGAACUCUCCGCAGAACACCGCUCAGGCCAAUCACGACCAUGGCGCGCACAGAUCUCGUGGGAGAGCGGGAUUGUUGCAAGGUUUCACACCCGCUCAUCAAGCAGCGCCAUCCCAGAAUUACGCAGCAGCUUCUUCUUCUGGACAGUCUCAGCACAACGUCCAUGCCAAUGCGCACCCUACGUACGCUUCCACCUCCACUGCGCCUUCGUCGGGUACCACCACUCCCAGAUCCUUGCCCGCCUCCUAUCCCUGGGCUUCUUCCGGUCUACCUCCCCGCACUUCGUCCAGCCACAACACUUGCAAUUGCGGCAGGACGACGGCGGAAUUGGCAGAGGCGGAAGCUAGACUUUUGGAAGGUGUUCCCACUGCGCCUGGAAUGCCUUCUGAUCCCGAAGAAGGUGCGGUCCCGCCACCUUGGACACCUCCUUCUAGACCUGCUAGUCCGGCGGACAAUUUUCACAGAGCGCCGUUCGUCAUGCCAGGCAAUAGUCUGGAUCCCUCGCCUUUGGCCAGCCCGCCCAACGGCUUCACCCCACCCGGCACGACACCCUCGACGGAGAACAGACCUUCAAAGCUGGCUGCAGAACUCGCCGCCUCUUGA